AUGACCUCGGGCGGCGAGGUCGACCUGGUCACCCGGCUCCAGGUCGACGAUGCCACCAUCUCGGGGACCACCGAAAUCGACGAGUCUCUCUACAGCCGACAGCUCUACGUGCUUGGCCACGAGGCUAUGAAGCGCAUGGGUGCUUCCAACAUCCUGAUUGUUGGCCUGAAGGGCCUGGGUGUCGAAAUCGCCAAGAACAUUGCUCUUGCUGGCGUCAAGAGCCUGACCCUCUACGACCCGACACCCGCCGCCAUGUCCGACCUCUCGUCACAGUUCUUCCUCCACCCCGAAGAUGUUGGCAAGCCGAGAGAUGCCGCCACCGUCCCCCGCGUUGCCGAGCUGAACGCCUACACACCUGUCAACAUCCACGAGUCGUCUGGCCUCGACAAGAACUUCUCCCAGUUCGACAAGUACCAGGUCGUCGUCCUGACAAAUCAACCUCUAAACCUCCAGCUCGCCAUCGGUGAUUACUGCCACUCGAAGGGCAUAUAUGUUGUAUGCGCCAACACCUACGGUUUAUUCGGUUCUAUAUUCUGUGACUUUGGCAACAAGUUUCAAUGUCUGGAUGCCACCGGCGAGAACCCAGUUAAUGGCAUAGUUGCUGGCAUUGACGAAGAGGGUGUGGUCUCCGCUUUAGACGAGACUCGACAUGGUCUCGAGGAUGGAGAUUAUGUGACCUUUACUGAGGUUGAGGGCAUGGAAGGUCUCAACAGCGCAGCACCGCGAAAGGUUACUGUCAAGGGCCCGUACACAUUCUCCAUCGGCGAUGUCUCUGGGCUGGGCCAAUACAAGCGCGGUGGCCUGUACCAACAGGUCAAGAUGCCGAAAACCAUAGACUUCAAGACCAUCUCAGAAGCUAUGCGCGAGCCCGAAUUCGUUAUGUCCGACUUCGCCAAGUUUGACCGCCCACAGCUGCUGCACGUUGGAUUCGAGGCCUUGCAUGCAUUUGUCCAAGCUCAGGGCCGCUUGCCUCGACCUAUGAACGAGGAGGAUGCCACUGUCGUAAUCGCUGCAACAAAGACUUUCGUCGAGAAGGAGAAGUUGGACAUCGAGGUCGACAAGAAGCUCAUCAAGGAGCUCAGUUACCAGGCUCAGGGUGAUUUGAACCCUAUGGCUGCCCUGUUUGGUGGACUCACGGCGCAAGAAGUCCUCAAGGCUGUGUCUGGAAAGUUCCACCCGAUGAAGCAGUGGUUCUACUUUGACUCGUUAGAGUCGCUCCCUACGAGUUUCGCCCGAACCGAAGCGCUCUGCCAACCCAUCAAUUCCCGAUACGAUGGCCAAAUUGCAGUCUUCGGUAAGGAAUACCAAGAGAAGAUUGCAAACGUCAAACAGUUCCUGGUCGGUGCGGGUGCUAUUGGUUGCGAAAUGCUCAAGAAUUGGGCCAUGAUUGGACUUGGUGUCGGCCCACAGGGCAAGGUCAUCAUCACCGAUAUGGACUCUAUCGAGAAGAGCAACCUGAAUCGCCAGUUCUUAUUCCGCCCCAAGGACGUUGGCCGAAUGAAGAGCGACUGUGCUGCCAAGGCUGUAGCAGCUAUGAACCCCGAGCUGGAGGGCAAGAUUCAGUGUCUGAAAGAUCGCGUUAGUCCCGACACUGAGCACAUAUUCAACGAAGAGUUCUGGCAGGGCUUGGAUGGUGUCACAAAUGCUCUUGACAACGUCGAGGCGAGAACCUACGUCGAUCGACGAUGUGUCUUCUUCCACAAGCCCCUGCUUGAGAGUGGAACCUUGGGUACCAAAGGCAACACUCAGGUUGUACUCCCUAGAUUGACCGAGUCGUACUCGUCUUCUCAGGAUCCGCCGGAGGUGUCGUUCCCGAUGUGUACACUGCGCAGUUUCCCGAACAAGAUUGAACACACAAUUGCGUGGGCACGCGAGCUUUUCGAGACCUCAUUCGUCAAGUCAGCCGAAACCGUUAACCUUUACUUGUCCCAGCCUGACUAUCUGGAGACUACACUGAAGCAGGGUGGUAACGAGAAGGGGACGCUGGAAACCAUCCGGGACUACCUGGUGACGGACAAGCCGCUGAGCUUUGAGGAUUGCAUUGUCUGGGCCCGCAUGCUGUUCGAAAAGCAGUAUAACAACGCUAUUCAACAGCUCCUGUACAACUUUCCGAAGGACUCGACCUCGUCAACCGGCACGCCGUUCUGGUCCGGUCCGAAGCGUGCCCCUGAUGCGCUGAAGUUCAGCGCGAAGAACCCUACGCACUUUGGCUUCAUCGUGGCGGCUGCCAACCUUCACGCAUUCAACUACAACAUCAAUACCAAGGGGAUCGACAAGGAUCUAUACUUCAGGGUCUUAGAUAACAUGAUAGUGCCUGAUUUCUCACCCGAUCCCGGUGUCAAGAUCCAGGCGGACGAGAAAGAACCUGACCCCAACUCCAACAACAACACGGCAUUCGAUGACAACGCCGAACUGCAAAAGAUCACGGACAGUCUUCCGCCGGCUAGCAAGAUGGCUGGGUUCAAGCUGACACCUGUGGAGUUUGAGAAGGACGACGACACAAACCACCACAUCGACUUCAUCACGUCGGCCAGCAACCUGCGUGCCGACAACUACAAGAUCGAGCAGGCGGACAGACACAGAACAAAGUUCAUCGCUGGCAAGAUCAUUCCAGCUAUUGCUACGACGACGGCGCUGGUGACAGGUCUAGUGAUCCUGGAGCUGUACAAGAUCAUUGACGGAAAGGACGACAUUGAGCAGUACAAGAACGGGUUCAUCAACCUCGCUCUACCGUUCUUUGGGUUCAGCGAGCCGAUCGCCAGUCCCAAGGUGACGUAUCAGGGGCCAGACGGCAAGGUGGUGUUGGACCAGAUAUGGGAUAGAUUCGAGAUCGACGACAUGACGUUGAAGGAGUUCAUUGAAUACUUCAAGAAGAAGGGUCUUAGUGUUACCAUGCUGAGCUCGGGGGUGAGCUUGCUGUAUGCAGCCUUCUUUCCUCCGUCGAAGCUGAAGGACCGAUACACGAUGAAGCUGAGCCAGCUCGUGGAGACCAUCUCCAAGAAGCCGAUCCCCGAGCACCAGAAGGAGGUCAUCUUUGAAGUGGUUGCCGAGGAUUCGGCCGAGGAAGAUGUUGAGGUGCCGUACGUCAAGGCCUCCAAGAUCACCGAGUGGGUCAAGCCCGGCGACAAGAGUGGCGAGUUUAAGCGGCAGGCCAGCGCGUUCCGUGAUGCCAUCUCGUCUGAGCCCGGCGCGCGCUUCCCGCCCGAGAAGGGCCGGUACCACCUUUAUGUCAGCUAUGCUUGUCCGUGGGCAUGCCGGGCGCUCAUUGCGCGCAAGCUGAAGGGGCUGGAGGAGUUCGUCUCGUUCUCGGUUGUACAUUGGCAUAUGGGGGAGACGGGCUGGCGUUUCCCUACCCCUGAGGACAAGGAUGCUGCGGGAGAGAAUGUGGUUCCGGACCCAGUGCCGGGCCACGAGAAGAACACGCACCUGCGCGAUAUCUACUUCGCGGUGGACCCGAACUACGGUGGACGAUUCACGGUGCCCGUGCUCUUCGAUAAGAAGACCGACACCAUCGUCAACAACGAGAGCAGUGAGAUCCUGCGGAUGUUUGGCACUGUCUUUAAUGAUCAGUUGCCGGAGAAGUACGCCAAGAUCGACCUCUACCCGGAAGCCCUGAGGUCGAAGAUUGAUGAGGCUGGCGAGUGGACUUACGACCAGAUCAACAACGGCGUCUAUAAGAGCGGGUUCGCGACAACCCAAGAGGCAUAUGAGAAGAACGUCAUCACCCUAUUUGAGGCACUGGAUAGGGCAGAGAAGCAGUUCAAGGAGAGCGGCGGCCCCUUUUUCUUUGGGGACGUGCUGACGGAGACGGAUGUCAGACUCUUCUGCACCAUCAUCCGCUUCGACCCGGUCUACGUACAGCACUUCAAGUGCAACAUUCGGGACAUCCGCUCGGGCUACCCGCUGCUGCACAAGUGGAUGCGCAACCUGUACUGGAACCACUCGGCCUUCAAGGAGACGACGAACUUCCUGCACAUCAAGAACCAUUACACGAAGAGCCACACGCAGAUCAACCCCCAUUCCAUCGCCCCCGUUGGCCCGCUGCCGGAUAUCCUGCCUUUGGAUGACGAGGUUCCUGCUGUCAAGGCGGCUGCGACUUGA